AAGUUUCAGAAAAAAAGAAUGGCAAUUUUGAGUAUACCAUCAAAUGGUCGUUUCUUUAAUUGUUGCACUAUAACCACACAUCACACUCUAAUAAUAAGGUGUUCAACCUAUAUAUAUUAGUUAUGUCCAAAAUGUCGUCUGGCACCAACAUUUUUACACAAUCAUGGAUGCGAGUUGUGGCUCUAUCUAUUGCUGUAUCAGUUUGCAUACAGGCCUUAUCGAUCCUGGCGCAGCGAAUUGUGGUUUCGCAAUAUUUAAUUUGUAAUCUGCAAUUCGCACCCGAGUUCAUUAAACAAGCUGGUUACUGUUCAGCACAUUUUCCCCGUAAACGUUACAUUGGCACAACCGAAUUGGGUUAUUUUGUUGAUCCCUUAUCUGUGGAGCCGUGGUACUUUAGGGAUGAUUUCAAAGAGGUCGAGAAAGCCAUGGCUCCUACGAUUCAGGAAAAUGCUGUUCAGUGGGGUUGGGAGACCGAGAAAGAAGCAUUUGCAGCUUUAAAAGCUGCAGUCCAGUCGAGAACGCAAGGAAAUAUGGCGAAGGCAGAACUCAUUAUUCAGCAUGCGCUUGCUUUGGCUCCUCAUCAUCCAGAUAUUUUAACCGAAUACGGUUUAGUCGUUGAAAUGGGACGGAAAAAUGUGGUAGAAGCGGAAGAGUUAUAUUCACGGGCGUUGAGCUAUAAUCCUCAUCAUCCUGAAGCGUUAAUAAGACGAGCAAGAACUUUACCUAUUGUGGAAGAAAUUGACAAGGAGAUGUUAAAGAAACUUCACGAGAAGCGUUCAUAUUUUUCACGAAUACCAAAAACUAAUACGGCUUUACGAAAAGCAAUGAAAGAAUCUUAUUUUUUGCAUAUUUAUCAUACUGUAGCACUUGAAGGCAACACUAUGUCUCUUGGUCAGACAAGGUCCAUAUUAGAAACACGAAUGGCAGUGGCUGGAAAAAGUAUUAUGGAGCAUAACGAGAUUUUGGGAAUGGAUUCUGCGUUGAGAUUCAUCAACCAAAGCGUUGCACAUAUUUCGUAUUUUACCCUUCAGGAUAUUUUGGACAUUCAUAGUCGUGUUCUUGGUUUUGUCGAUCCGGAAGCAGCAGGUGUAUUUCGCAAAACUCAGGUAUUUGUAGGAAGCUUCACUCCCAUUUCGGCAAACAUGGUAGCAGGAGAAAUGGAAGAAAUGGUGAAAUGGUUGAAUGAGGAUGAGAGUUUGCUACUGGAUCCUAUAGAACGUGCCGCUAUUGCUCAUUAUAAGCUGGUUUCGAUACAUCCAUUCAUUGAUGGUAACGGACGUACUGCACGAUUAGUAAUGAAUCUAAUUUUGAUGCAAAGUGGUUUUCCGCCGGUUAUAAUACCAGUGGAGGCCCGUGCUGACUAUUAUGACACUCUCAAUGCUGCAAAUCGUGGCAAUCUUCGUCCAUUUAUUCGUUUUAUUGCUCGUCAAACUGAUGCCACUUUGCAAUUGUAUAUCAAUUCUGUAACCACAUGUGAUUAUCGAGAAGGAUCUGAUGAAUGUAGUAUAUCAACAGCCCCUGAGAUCUCAACACAACAAGCAGGAUCAUGGUGAUCCUUAAUUUUCACUUUUCACUAAUGUUAUUUGCGGGUACUGUAAAAAGUUAGCAGUGUGAGUUUUAAAUUGUCUAAUGUUUGCCUGUACCACAGUGCUUCUGCAUCAAAUGCUGUUUUAUAAAAAGCAUCACGUCAGUUUUUGUUAGUUGCUAGCUCGGUAAAUGUCGUGAAAGUUUUUUGACGAUUGGCACAGACAAAUAGUUGUGAUAAAUGUUUUAUUGAUUGAGG